AUGCCAAUCCACCCCAUCAACGUCCCCAUCCGCACACCAGCAGAUAUCCUCCACCGCUCUUCCCGUCCGCAGUACCACUCCACGUACCUACCACCAAAGCGCGACUGGCGCUACGUCACAGGCGUAUAUCGGCAUGAGGACUUCACGGAUACUCCAGGCGACCAGACGGUUUGGGAUAUGUUGGAUGAGGAUGCUUGUGGUGCUAGGAGGAAGAGGAGGAGAAAGGAAAGGAAAAGACGGAAGGGAUGGACGGUGGAUACCACACAGGCUGGAAACAAGGUCGAGGAAGGGGAAGGUAAUGGCGUGGGUUAUGCGGCGACGGCUCACGAAGGAGGUGAAGAUGAGUACGGAACCAGUACCACAGUCAUGGGAAGGAUGAUCUCACGGCCGAUAUCCAUAAAGUGUUUCGCUCCCAUUUCCCAGAACUCCAACACCACGAGUGCCACAAACAACGAAUAUGAACCAACCGCCCUUAUCGUACACCUACGCCUCCCAAAGCCAUCGGCAAACAAGUCGCGUCUCCCCGACCGCCAAACCACUCCAGCGCCACAAACCGCACCGAGAGCGACAGAAGUUCCCAGUACCACCGACUCACCCAGCUCAAUCAAGACGUUUCGAACACGAACAAGUAGCACCACCAGCGCCGUCAUCUUCUCUCCCUCUCCCGCAUCGAAUACCGACGGCUUCACUCCGCUGACUAUCCUCUCGCCUACGCCUCCCCCUCCACCAUCAAAGACUCACAACCACACCUCUCCUUACAAGAGACCAUGGAUGGAUAACACAUACGCUCCCUCCCCCUCUUCACAUACCAUCCGACACGCCAGCACGCGCAACCCACAUCGACCGCUACCAGCCCACUGGACCCUCUUCCCCUCCGCGGUCCCCAUAGACGCCCUCGUCCCGCCUGGGAUUCGCCUCUCCGCUCCAGAACUCCUCGCCUUCUAUCCAAACCACGUCCUCUGGGACGGCGUCGCGAGACGCCUAGCUGGGAACGGGUAUACCUCUGAAGACCUCACGGGGAUGAUAGACUUCUUCCACCCAGCCGUCAAACACGAGAAGGACGGCGAAGCCUUACAGCGAUUUCUGAAACACUACCGCACUCUCGAGAGAGAAGUAUCCAAGGGGAAGAUAAAAGCAACGUCGGACUUACGUACAGAAGCCCUCUCUACGUCUCCCCUGCCGCCAACCGCGACCCUCACACCACCCAAGUUCACAGCGCUAACAUCUUCGCUGGCGAAUCUCCCCACUGGCCUCGCAGCACGGGAUUUCACAGUCGCUAUCAGAUGGUGGCUCACGCACCGAAACGCUUUUACACCGCCGCUGGAGUUCAACGUCCUGCAUGCGAGACCCUUGAUCCAGGCGUUGAGGAUUCCGGUGAAAAGCGUUGGGAGGAGAAAUCUAGAUAAGGUGAUAUUGGAGGAGUGGCGGGUGAAGGGUGGAACAUUCGAAGAAUGUGCUACCGGUGGAACGGCCCAAGAGGGAGACUCAGGGUCGAAUGACGAAAAGACAGGGCAAGGGUCAUGUGAAGCCGGGGGAGGAAAAGGGAACCGUCUGGAGAUUGAUGUGAACAAGAGGAUUGUGAGGCGACAAGUGGAGGUCAAACUCCGACACGUCCUCACGUUCCCAUUUCUUGCUUUGCUAAGUCUAGCGGGCGAUGCGCUAGAAUUAGGUAUCGAGAAGGCGGAGGCGCGGAAAGCGAUGAGGGAUUCGAAGAAGUUCCGCACUCUGGAGGUUCAACAGAGGAAUGAUGAGUAUGGGGGCGCUGUCGCGCAUGACGAGCACAUGACAGAGUCUGGGAAGAAGCGUCCGAAAGAGAUCGAGAAAGGUGCUGAAGAGUCGCCGGCAAAGAAAGCUGCUAUCAAACUCAAGACUGCUUUUUCGUCUUUGGGUCAGGCCUUCGACGAUAAGAGGUCGUAG